AUGGACUCUGACUCGUCACCGUCUACAUCAUCUGCAUCAUCAUCCAGUGUCAGUACACCAAAGUUAACAUCGGAAAAAUGUUUGGUCUGUCUUCAACCUGCUCAUGGAAAUCACUUUGGCGUGGACAGCUGCAGAGCAUGCGCUGCUUUUUUCAGACGAGUCUUCGUCACACACAAACAGCAAUUCAAGUGUCGAGAAGGGGAUAAUAAGUGUACUCCUGAUGAAUUAGGAAGGUGGAUCUGUAAAAAAUGCCGGACGGAUCGUUGCUUUGCACUUGGCAUGAAACCAGACAAUAUCCAAAGAGACAGAGAUCGGAUGGUUUGCUCUGAACAGUUCCAUGAAGAUCGAAAGAGAAAAUCCCACGAAUCAAUUAUACCACUGACAGUUGAGAGGUUCGUGGGAAACAAAGUCAUGAGAAAUUAUAGCCUUGGUUCCGGGAAGAAUGUUGAAUACAUCACAUUUUUUGAUCUUUCUUCAAUUAUAAGCGACGCCGAGUACAUUUUGAAAAAAACUCCAAAAAUAGACAAAACAUUGAAAUUGAAAAGUUCUCUGGAACAACUUGCUUCUGGACUCCGCGAAGUUCGAAAGACACAACUUUGGAAGAGUAUUCCGGAAAUGAAAAAAAUCGGUAAAAUUGAAACAUUCAAUCAUUGGGUGGAUGACAUGAGAAGAGCUGGCGAGUGGAUCAUGCACUUUGAAGAAUUCAGAAAGCUGGAGCACGGCGAAAAAAUGGAAAUUCUAAAGUGCAUGUGGCAUCUUUUUUCUCGUUUGGAGAGGAUGCAGAUCACUGCCGAAAUGAGAAGACAGAAACUUUGUGAGGACAAUGAAUUUGUCUUUGGAAGCUCGAAAGCAUCGGAUAAAGAAAUCAGAUAG